AUGAUGCGAAACAAAACGUCGUCGUCGCUGCAAAAGACGUACGAUGAAUGCUACUUAAUUUGCUCUACGGCUGUGUAUUUUGAAGGACAGGGCAACGAAGCAGAAGCACUCCGAUCAUGGCGCUCCGCCCUCGACCAAAUAUACUACCACAAUGCGUACCGCGUCCCAGCUGGUUAUAUUCCGAAGUCCGAGACCGAAAAAGCGUUGAAGGAUAGUUUGAGGGAUAUGGAGAUGCAAUGUAAAGAAAGGGUUGAUCUACUUGAGGCUCUGAAGCAGAGUAGACAGGAGAAGCUGAGUAGUGAGGAGGAAGCUGGAGCGGCCGGUGGGAAGAUUAAGAAGGGAAAAAGCACGCCUAGAGCUUCGGAGGAGAUACCGAAGGGAGAGCAGAAGGAGGGGUUUAUUGGAAACGGAACGAUCCCAGUGACUAGUUACGAGGGCAUUAGUAAACCACCGCCACUACCUCAACGACCGGGUCUGAUCAGCAAGAAUAGUUCCGAGAGAGCGGUAGUAGGGAAGAAACCGCAUGGAAGUUACAUGGGAAGUUAUAUGAGAAGUAGUUCACGGACUACCAGCGCACCGCUUGCAUCGAGCGCCCCGAGCAGUACAAGCUUACAACCACCAACCAAAAAGACGUCGAGAAGCCCAAGUCCUGAAAAGGGGAGGCAGAUGUUACAUACCUUGCGUUCAAGCGAUAAGAGUGGAAGAAAACCAAGUCCUCGACCACCACAGAGGAGUUCCAAGAAGGAGAAUCCAGUCACGAACAAAGCUGCAACUCUGGCCUGGCAGUCAUUGCAGAGAAGGGACAGACUGGGGAGGAGUCUGGAUGGCGAUGUUGAUCAGAGUUCUACGAGUUUGGGCGAGUCGAGGAGAGAGAGCCAUGGCGAUGCUACUGCUGGCAGAUCUGAAUCAUCCAGUAAUGUCCACUAUGAUAGUAAGACGAGGACUAUGGUACCCGGUCCUCAGGGCAAAGAUAAGAGUCCUACGGAUCUAUUGACUGGGAAUCCGGAUUUGUACAGCGGGAGUGGUCGGUCGAAUGGUUAUCCUUUUCCUCCAACGGACCCUGGACAACCUGGUGCUGUUGCGGGCUCUAUGCUAAAUAGUUUGGCCGUCCAUGAUCUAAUUGACAUUCAACCCCCUACACCUCCUGUAGCCGAAGGUAAUUCUACGAAACCGCCAAAGAGAACCCCUCCAAUGGUCCCGCCUCAUGCUUCAGCCCCCACGAAAUUGGAGCCAUUAUCAUAUCCUACAUAUCUAAAAGAGUAUCCCGAAACCUCAGCUAAACAGAUGAAGGCACAAAUCGACAUGCCAGUGCGGCGAAAAGCCGAGAGAGAAACCGGUCAGCCGUCGAGUCCUGGCAGGGUUCCCAGAAGACCUGUUGCAAACAAGCCUUCUUCACCACGACAUCGUGACAGGCAUCAAGAAAGAGAUGAUGCGAGACGCGCGCAACGGAAAGAGACAAAGCAGUCGAAAGAUGAAGAUACUUCAUCGCAGAGUGUCGACGAUGACACGAAUAGCAGUAGUAAUCAGGCUUCUAAGGCGAAGAGGCGGCAAAAACAGAAGCAGAAAGAGAAUGCGAUAUUGGCUGACCCGACAACACCUCCAUCUGGUGACUCUGAUAUGGAAAAAGAACCUAAUCAGACAGCUUGGGAACUGAAGGUCGCUCACUUGAUGAAGAAUUUACCUAAGGGAGUUGAUGAAGGGGCUGCUAAACAAAUUUUCAAUGAGAUCGUCGUUCAGGGCGACGAAGUCCAUUGGGAGGAUGUCGCAGGUCUGGAUAUCGCGAAGAAUGCUUUGAAAGAAGCAGUGGUUUAUCCCUUCCUUCGACCCGAUCUUUUCAUGGGUCUUCGUGAGCCAGCACGAGGCAUGCUUCUCUUCGGGCCCCCAGGAACCGGAAAAACGAUGCUCGCACGAGCUGUAGCCACCGAAUCACGCUCUACCUUCUUCUCCAUAUCUGCAAGCAGUCUCACGUCUAAAUACCUGGGAGAGUCCGAAAAGCUAGUCAGAGCACUCUUCUCCCUCGCUAAAGCCCUGGCCCCCAGUAUCAUCUUUGUCGAUGAAAUUGAUUCCCUACUCUCUUCGCGUAGUGGAUCGGGCGAACAUGAGGCCACGAGGAGGAUCAAGACUGAAUUUUUGAUUCAAUGGAGUGAUCUUCAGAGAGCAGCUGCCGGAAGAGAACAGAGUGAGAAGGAUAAAGAACGUGGGGAUGCAAGUAGGGUCUUGGUUCUUGCGGCUACGAAUCUACCGUGGGCUAUUGAUGAGGCUGCAAGGAGACGAUUUGUUAGACGACAGUAUAUUCCACUCCCCGAGGACGAGACUAGGGCCGUGCAAUUGAGGACGUUGCUGGGUCACCAAAAACAUAGUCUGGGACCUAAGGACAUUGACAAGCUAGUUGCUCUUACUGAUGGCUUCUCAGGCUCCGACAUCACAGCCCUAGCUAAAGACGCUGCCAUGGGUCCCCUUCGAAGUCUCGGUGAAGCACUACUACACAUGAGCAUGGACCAGAUCCGUCCCAUCGGACCGGAGGAUUUCCAAGCCAGUCUUGUAAAUAUUCGACCUAGUGUUAGUAAACAAGGAUUAAAGGAGUUUGAGGAUUGGGCUAGGGAGUUUGGUGAGCGUGGCGGCUAA